AUGUUGAGCAAGGUGCAGGUGGAAUCUCACUGCACAUUUUUUAUACAGGUGGACCGACUAACGGACUCAUUGGGGAAGCGGAACGUUCUCGACAACGCUUAUUUUGAGGUGGAUGAGAUCAGGAGGCAAUAUCUUGCGGAUGAGGCAAAGAGGCAGGAAGAGGAAGAAGAACAACUCAAGCAUAAAACGUGGAAUCAAAACCGAGGUACUCACGUGGUUUCCAGUCAAUUACGUCAUCAACAGCCAUUUUUACAACAACGCUCCAGACCUUUCACCUGGGAUUUGAUCAACAACCAGUCGAUGACAUUAUCAUCAUCAUCUCCGUUUCAACAGCAACUCAGCAUACAACAGCCCAGUUUACAACAGCACAGCUUACAACAGCCCUGUUUACAACAGCAACUCGGCUUACAACAGCACAGCCUACAACAGCAACUCAGCUUACAACAGCCCAACUUACAACAACCUAACUUACAACAGCCCGGCUUACAACAGCCCGGCUUACAACAGCCCGGCUUACAACAGCCCGGCUUACAACAGCCCGGCUUACAACAACCUAACUUACAACAGCCCGGCUUACAACAGCCCGGCUUACAACAGCCCAGCUUACAACAGCCCGGCUUACAACAGCCCGGCUUACAACAGCCACAGCGACCAACUCAAUAUCCCAACCAACUCCAACAACAGGCGCAUCCACCGCCCCAAUCGGCGCACCCACCCCAGCAGACGGUGCACCCACCCCAGCAGACGGUGCAUUCUCUGCCACCCCCGCCAACAAGUCAAAACCAACAAGCAGUUCAACCUAACGCCUGCCGGCUAUCCCAACAACAACAAGUGCCACCCAACUUAUGUCGGAUAUCAAAAAUGGCGACUGUCCUUCCGCUGCAGCGAUGCCCGGAUGUGGGUCACGGCUCGGGGCAGCAGAUGGAGGCGCACUCUCGUCUGGACAACGACCCGGCCAUCAUGUCCUACUCGUACAAGGCGGCGGCAGCGGCGGCAGGCAACAAAUGACGGCAACCAUCAGACUGCGUCUCUCCUUGCCGUCAUUUGUAUUCGCCUCGAUAAGUGUAUGGGGAUUCGUGGCACGGAACAUCACUUCUAUGUCGAAGCCGAACCUCGCAACUAAACAGCAACGAUCACACAUGUUGAAAGCAUCGCACACUUCACACUCUUCUACUUGAGCUGUCUUGUCACUUUGUGUCCAACUUGAUGUCAGGAUAUCAUCACACAACAUCAUUCACCAAGCUACGCAGGCCACGACAAAUUGUCCACUCGAGUUCUUUCCCUUUUAUGUUAAAACUUAUUCUUUUGGAAAUUUUCUAGACAAAUGUAUUUGUGUGGGAAGGUUUACAUACUUUCAGAUGUUAGCACUGGAUAGCACCCAAGGAUCUAUGGUGAUGACAAUAAAAUGUUAUA